GCUGAUCUUAUAAAUGACAAGGUGACAAUCUACACAUCCUACAUUCAUUGACUGCCGCUGUGUGCGAGAGCAGCUAAUCCCAGGACCCUCCGAAAGCCGUAACAAACCGCUUCCAGCCAUGUAUGCCUGCGCCAAGUUUGUCACUUCUCCUGCUGUGCUGCGUGGGGGGUCCAGAGUCCUCGCCCGGCCAGUCUCAGUCUCCCUGUUCAACAGACCUGAAGCCACAGUGGAGCAGCAGGCCCUUUUGCCAGUCAACCAGUCUGCAGUCCUGACCCGCUCCUUCCAGACCAGUGCCGUCUCCCGGGACAUCGACACUGCCGCCAAGUUCAUUGGUGCUGGUGCUGCCACAGUGGGUGUAGCCGGCUCAGGAGCUGGAAUCGGAACAGUGUUCGGCAGCCUCAUCAUUGGCUAUGCCAGGAACCCCUCCCUGAAGCAGCAGCUCUUCUCCUACGCCAUCCUGGGCUUUGCUCUGUCUGAGGCUAUGGGUCUCUUCUGUCUGAUGGUGGCGUUCCUCAUCCUCUUCGCCAUGUAAACCUGGAAACACGCCCACAGCUCCCUUCACUUAACCCUUCUUCCUGUCUCCUUUCCUUCCUUGCUCCCUCCUUCCUCCCUUUCUUCCAUUCGGAGGGGGGUUUCCAGAACGGGAACUCUGAAUGAGCUGGUAGGCCAUUCCAAUCAAUGGAAAAAUAAAUAAAGGAAAAUAUUUACAUCUGAGGGUAACAAACCUCCAAUCCUACAUUUUUAUGUUCCUACGCUUAUUUUUGUUUUUCAGAAGUUUUAUGUAAGACCUCACUUCGGUUGAAAUAAUCUGUCCAAAAUAAAUGGUUGGGAUAA